GACAUCAGACGUCAGGCCGGUACAGUUAUGUGAAAUAUCAUGUUUAUUCGUGUUUUACUGUGAUUAUCGGACGUGUAUUCGUGUAAAGGAGCGGUAAUAAUGUUGUCCAGACUGAAGGUGUGUGUGAGGCCGUGUGUCAGUAUGUGUCGAUGGGCUCACACUAAAGAGAAGGGAAAACCUCUCAUGCUCAACCCACGAACCAACAAGGGGAUGGCCUUCACUCUGAAGGAGCGUCAGAUUUUGGGCAUUCAUGGGUUGUUGCCGUCGAAGAUCGAGACUCAGGACACACAGGCAAUGCGCUUCCAGAAGAAUCUGAAGAAGAUGUCUGACCCCCUGCAGAAAUACAUCUAUCUGAUGGGGAUUCAGGAGAGGAAUGAGCGUCUCUUCUACCGUGUGCUGAUGGAAGAUAUCGAGGAUUUAAUGCCUAUAGUGUACACUCCCACCGUCGGCCUCGCGUGCACACAUUACGGUCACAUCUUCCGCAGGCCAAAAGGUCUGUUCAUCUCCAUCAUGGAUCAAGGACACGUUCGCUCUAUUUUGGACAACUGGCCUGAAACCACAGUGAAGGCUGUGGUGGUGACGGACGGCGAGCGGAUCUUGGGUUUAGGGGAUCUGGGGGUUUAUGGGAUGGGUAUUCCUGUAGGAAAGCUGUGUCUCUAUACGGCGUGUGCGGGGAUCCGACCCGAGAGCUGUCUGCCCGUCUGCAUCGAUGUGGGCACAGAUAAUGAGAAGUUACUGAGGGAUCCCUUCUACAUGGGUCUGUAUCAGCAGCGAGAUCGCUCCCAGCGUUACGACGAUCUCAUCGAUGAGUUCAUGGAGGCUGUGGUUGAGAAGUACGGACAGGACACGCUCAUCCAGUUUGAAGACUUUGGGAAUCACAACGCUUUCCGCUUCCUGAAGAAAUACAGAGAGAAGUACUGCACCUUCAAUGAUGAUAUCCAGGGUACUGCAUCAGUCGCUCUGGCAGGUCUGUUGGCCGCUCAGCGCGUUAUAGGAAAACCAAUAACUGAACAUAAAGUUUUGUUUCUGGGGGCUGGAGAGGCGGCUCUUGGAAUCGCUAAUCUGAUCGUCAUGGCGAUGAUGGAAACAGGAAUGUCACAGGCUGAUGCCAGGAAGAAGAUCUGGAUGUUUGACAAAUAUGGUCUGUUAGUAAAGGGCAGAGCUUAUGAGACAGACAGUAAUCAGGAGGGAUUUGUUCACGCUGAUCCAGGAGACGUGAAAAGCUUCUUAGACGCUGUCAAUGUAAUUAAACCCACAGCCAUCAUCGGUGUGUCCGGGGCUGGGCGGCUCUUCACUCAUGAUGUCAUCAAAGCCAUGGGCAGCCUGAAUGAUCGACCAAUCAUCUUUGCUCUGAGUAACCCGACGGCCAAAGCCGAAUGUACAGCAGAAGACGCCUACACCCUCACACAGGGCCGCUGUUUGUUCGCCAGUGGCAGUCCAUUUGGACCCGUGACAUUAGAAGACGGCAAAAUACUAAUCCCAGGACAGGGCAACAAUGCUUACAUAUUCCCAGGUGUGGCAUUGGCUGUAAUUCUCAGUGGAGUUCGUCAUAUCAGUGACACGGUGUUCCUGGAGGCGGCCAAGACGCUGACAGAUCAGCUCACAGACGAGGAGUUGAGUCAAGGGCGACUGUAUCCACCGCUGUCUAACAUCAGAGAGGUGUCCAUACAGAUGGCCAUCAAGGUGGUGGAGUUUGUGUAUUCACAGGGAAUGGCUUUCCGCUACCCAGAACCCAUGGAUAAAGAAUCUUACGUCAGAUCGGUUGUGUGGGACACCAAUUAUGACUCCUUUCUGCCCGACAUUUACAACUGGCCCGGCGUUUCUCACAGCCCUAUCGUCGAAUAGAAGAAACAGCCCGGAGUAAUAUACAGAACAAAAUGAAGACGUGAUCACUCCAUAUUUCCCCUCACGCUUAUGGUUAAUUGUAGUAUUUAUAUUAUGUGUGUUAUGUUAUAUACAUCUGAUUGUUUGUUUAGAGUUUAUGGGUUGAAUCUCUCCACAUCACAUUUCACUCCACAUUUAAAAGAAGAAAUAAUAAUAUCUUGCAGAAAGAGAAGAAAGGCUCUCGUGAGGAGUUGAGCUGAUGAAUUUGUAUUGCUUUCGAGAUGAAGUGUUUUCAUGAGAUUGACUCGUAUAUGAUUUUAUAAAGCCAUUGUUACAGGCGUGUGCGCCUUUCACUCCUCA